AUGGCAAAAGUGCAUGGACCACUCAUGUCACUACGUGCGGGUCAAAAACUUAUUAUCGUUGGAUCAUCAGCAACCGUGGCAGCAGAGAUUCUCAAGACACAUGAUAAAGCUCUUUCAUCUCGAGAUCUAUCACGAUAUAUUGCUUGUGCACGACAAGGAACAAGCCGGCAGCUUGGAAAUGUUUGGAAGGAUAGUCUCGAGAAGAAAAGAAGAAAUAAUAAUGGAAGAGAUAUUUCUUCAAGUCUAAUCGACUUUGGUAAUACGUUGAUUGAAAAAGGAUUUGGUGAUCACCAAAUUAAUAUAGUGCUCCAGGAAAUAUUCUCGGCAGGUACUGAAAGCACAAGUGCAGUCAUCGAGUUUUUCAUUGUAGAGCUUAUUAGAAACGAAGAAGUAAUGCACAAGGUUGUUGAUGAAGUCACGAAACAAAUAGAUGGAAAUAUAUAG